CCACAUGACAUGCGCGACCUACACUUAACUCUUUGGUGCAAUACUCCAGCAAUGCCAUACUAGUAACAUCAACCGUCAGAUUCAACCUACUACAUUGGCAUUCUUCACAGAAUGAUGAGAAAAUUUUUGGUCCAGUGAAGUUGUCUCGCGUCAUUCAUUCGGGCGGCUGCUGAUUGCGUUGACGAAAUUUGUACUAGAUGCGAGGAAAGUGGUAAAUAUGACUCGAUCUUGGUAGCGUAGACUUGGAAACAUGUGAUCAUGAACGAUCACUCAAACCUGGAGCCGGUGCAUAUGAAGGUUGUGAGAGACGCGAGUAGGUGCAUGUUGCGGGUUCGCCAGAUGGUCGUCCAGCGAAACACGAUCACAUGAUCAAAUGCGCGCAGAACGGUUCAUCGAAAAGCUCAACCGAAGCUCCAGCUUUCGUGCGUCAUGUUUCCAACGCACACUCGCUACGUGCAGAUCUUGUCGCACGACGGCCUUCUGAGCUCGUUGGUAGUCAACAUCAGCCCUGUGCUCCUCUAAGCGAUCUUCUUGUGGGUCUCGUCUCUGUCACACAGCAGAGUCGUAUUCGUUGACUUCAUCUCGUAGUCGUAUACUGCUGCGCUCGCCAUGUUUGUUAUUCUUAUACCAGAUCCCGAUAGAGGCUUCAUUGACAUCGGCCUAGAAAUCUGGACGUCUUCUACACAGUAAGGAUGGGCCAGCAGAUGAGGUUGCCGAUGCUCAUUCUGGUCGUCCUCGUUACAAGCUCGCGAUUGCGGUGGCAGGUUCAAGCAGAGGAGUAUUUCCAGCAGAGAAUUCAGUGCCCGUGCAAGGCCUUUACUUGUUCACAGACCCAAAACUGUGCUUGUCUUGAAGACGAGUCCAACGGGACAUGCUCUUGCUCGUGCCAUGAGAGAAUGAUGAACAUUCCUGAGAAGCCAGUGCCGAGGCUGCAGUGCAAGUGCGAAGGCUACACCUGCAGUCAGUCCGAGAGUUGCCUCUGUGUGAAGCGAGUGCUAUGGCCACAAGAUGAGGACACCUGCUCGUGUUCUUGCGUCAGGUCCGAGAUCGCGGACGACCCUCAAGAAGGCUGUUCCUGCGAAGCUCUGGACGUUGCUUGUAAGAGCGGUGAGAUUUGCACUUGUGUGGCCCGGGAGCCCUCUUCGCCAAAUUGCACCCUGGAGAAUGGAUGCUGCUCUUGCGGCUGCGCGACACCGAGUCCGGUGAAUCAACUGGCCAGGACGGUAUGUCCUUGCGACGGCUUUACUUGUAGGCUAAAUGAACAAUGCAAUUGCCUCGAGAAACAUUUGGAUUCUGUGGAUUCAAACUCGACGGCUGAGGUUCCUGCGCCCGCGAGAGGAAAUUGCUCAUGCUCUUGCCGAGCAUUCGUGGCAAACUAACCGCCCUUGAACGCCUCCCUACCUUCCCCAGAUGUUGAGUAGUUCUGACUGACAAUUGAAUCAACUGAAUCUACCGAUAAGGAUCUGCUCAAACUGUGCCUUCAUGUGACUAACAAUAACAGAUUGUCCAUGCGGAGACGUGGAAAAUAGAACUUACUGUGUUCUUGUUUCAGUUCAUGCCCAGGUGUAUAACAAGGCAGUUAUGAACUGGCACAGAUCAGCGUUACCGUAGCUUUGAUUGUCUACAUAUGCCACCAGUUUGGUUCCUAAUAUUUGAGUCAAGUACCUUCAUAAGUAUGGCGUAGAGUAGGUUUACAGCUUUUAGAUGAAAGUGAGCCAGUCAUUGGGAUGGCCUUGGGAUUCUCGUCACGGAUGUCUUAAUUUUUAUAGAGCAGAGAACAAUUUCAAGAACUGUGUUAGCAAACCAUCAGGAUAGCUCAAGAGUAGUUAAUAAAGAUUUCCUCUCUGAUAGGUGUGCUGAAGAGUUGCUUUCUCAUAUUAUCAGUUUUCAUCUGGAAAAUUAAUCUGAAAAUCAACAGAGACUAUCAGAAAUAAGUGAAGACAUUCAGUUUGCUAAUCAGCAAACUGAAUUGCUAAUUCAGAUCUUGGUAAUCAGAUCUGAAAAGAAAGAAGAACGUUCUUUGCAAUGGAAUAAGGUAGCUUAGUAAGACUUAGCAAAUGUUAAGACUUUUGGUAGCUCGCAAAAUUUUCCAUGAUUGGAUAAGUAAAUUCCUCUAGCAGUACUCUUGAGUAAUAAAUUAUCUUGAUAAUUUUAAGGCCAUCGAUGCAGUUCCAGGUCAGGUCUCGAG